AUGACGGUGAUCAGGCGGUGGAUGGGCCAGUUGCCAGCGGUGGAAAACCCCGCGGAGUACGAUGGGCAGAGCAGUGCGACAGAACAGGACAGGACAGACGGCGUGGCCAUCACCGUGGGAUUCGCGGCACGCCGGCAAUGUCGCUUUCGCUGCCUUGGCGUGCGCCGUCGUGGCACGCUGCCCUCUGGCUCCCCCGCGGCUGUUCAUUCGUCCGUCCGUCCGCCUGCCUGCUCGCUGUCCGUCUCCGCUGCUGCCUGCUGUCCGUCCGUCCGUCUGUUCGCUGCCGCCGCCGCCUGCUGUCCGUCCGUCUGUUCGCCGCCGCCGUCGCCGCCGCCGCCAGCCGGUGCUCGCCGCCGCCGCCGCCGCCAGCCGGUGCUCGCCGCCGCCGCCGCCGCCGCCGCCAGCCGGUGCUCGCCGCCGCCGCCGCCGCCGCCGCCGCCAGCCGGUGCUCGCCGCCGCCGCCGCCGCCGCCAGCCGGUGCUCGCCGCCGCCGCCGCCGCCGCCGCCGCCAGCCUGUGCUCGCCGCCGCCGCCGCCGCCGCCAGCCGGUGCUCGCCGCCGCCGCCAGCCUGUGCUCGCCGCCGCCGCCGCCGCCGCCAGCCGGUGCUCGCCACCACCGCCGCCGCCGCCGCCGCCAGCCGUGUAUCUCAGUAUGGUAGUUUUCUAUGAUAAAUCACUCAAGACAGAUGUUCCUGAAUUCAUGACAGUUAUGGCUCAUUCGAAUGACUGA